GGACCGUUUGGUCCCUCGCAUUAAUAACUCCCCCAGCCUCCUCGCUCUUUGCGGAAACCAGGCUUUCUGGAUUGUUGUUUCCUUCGCCCCUCGCUGCAAAAAUGUCGGGGUUCAGCCCCGAACUUAUCGAGUACCUGGAAGGGAAAAUCUCCUUCGAGGAGUUUGAGAAGCGCAGGGAAGAGCGCAAAAGCCGAGAGAGGAAGGAUGGAGAAAAUGCACUUACUGAAGAAAAUGUAGAAGAUCCUGACGCUCCUUCUACAUCUGCACAAGGACCAUCUGUUGGACCUCAGGGUCACAAUGAAGCAGAAGAAGAGACAUCGGAUGGAGUCAGUAAAUCUGUCCAUCGAGUUUUUGCUUCUAUGAUGGGAGAGAAUGAAGAGGAAGAAGAGGAUGAAGAAGAAGAGGAUGAAGACGAAGAGAUCUCUGAGCAGCCCACAGCAGGAGAUGUUUUUGCCCUGGAGAUGGUGCUUAACAGAGAGACGAAGAAAAUGAUGAAGGCAAGUCGUCCCCGCAGUAAAUUGCCCCGUGCCCUUAGAGGCCUCAUGGGUGAAGCAAACAUCAGGUUUGCUCGAGGCGAGCAUGAAGAAGCCAUUCUGAUGUGCAUGGAAAUCAUAAGACAAGCGCCUCUCGCUUAUGAACCAUUCUCAACCCUCGCCAUGAUUUAUGAAGACCAAGGAGACAUGGAGAAAUCAUUGCAGUUUGAAUUGAUUGCUGCUCACUUAAACCCCAGCGACACUGAAGAGUGGGUUAGGCUAGCUGAAAUGUCUCUUGAGCAAGACAAUAUUAAGCAGGCUAUCUUCUGCUAUGGAAAAGCUCUGAAGUAUGACCCUACCAAUGUGCGUUACUUGUGGGAGCGAUCGAGUCUCUAUGAGCAGCUGGGAGAACAUAAACUGGCGAUGGAUGGCUACAGACGCAUUUUAAAUCUUCUAACUCCUUUUGAUGGGGAUCGCUUUAUGCAUCUGGCUAGGGAUAUGGCAAAGAGCUAUUAUGAGGCCAAUGACAUCACUGCUGCUAUUGAGAUCAUGGAAGAAGCCUUUGGUAAACACCAGAACCUCGUAUCUAUGGAAGAUGUCAAUAUAGCUGCCGAGCUGUAUAUCUCUAACAAACAGUAUGAUAAAGCCUUGGCCGUCAUUACAGAUUUUUCAGGAAUUGUACUGGAGAAGACAGAGGGACCAAACGAUUCUUCAGAGAAUCAAGUUGCAGAAAAGGUUACCUGUUCCAUACCUGAGGGUGUUCCCAUAGACAUCACGGUGAAACUUAUGGUAUGCUUGGUGCACCUGAACAUCUUGGAGCCUCUCAAUCUCCUAUUGACCACACUAGUGGAGCAGAACCCCGAGGAUAUGGGAGAUUUGUAUCUCGAUGUUGCAGAAGCCUUCCUUGAUGUCGGAGAAUACAAUUCUGCACUCCCCCUUCUGAGUUCCCUGGUGUGCUCAGAAAGAUACAAUUUGGCAGUUGUUUGGCUCCGACAUGCAGAGUGCCUGAAAGCCUUGGGCUACAUCGAUCGUGCGGCGGAGAGCUAUGGCAGAGUUGUCGAACUUGCCCCUUUGCACCUGGAUGCCAGGAUCUCUCUUUCUACCCUUCAGCAGCAAUUGGGCCGGCCUGAGAAAGCCCUGGAAGCACUUGAGCCCAUGUAUGACCCAGACACGCUGGCACAAGAUGCCAACGCCGCUCAGCAAGAACUGAAACUGCUGCUUCAUCGGUCGACGCUGCUGUACUCUCAAGGCAACACAUAUGGCUAUGUUGAUUCGUUGCUCACCAUGUUAGCCAUGCUGUUAAAGGUUGCCAUGAACCGAGCUCAGGUGUGUUUAAUAUCUAGUUCCAAGUCUGGUGAAAGGCACCUCUAUCUUAUUAAAGUGUCGAGGGAUAAAAUAUCUGACAACGAUGAUCAGGAAACUACUAACUGUGAUGCAAAAGCAAUAUUUGUGGUGCUCACAAGUGUGCUGACGAAAGAUGACUGGUGGAGCCUCCUUCUGAAGGCAAUCUAUGCUUUGUGCGAUCUUUCUCGCUACAAGGAAGCAGAACUCCUAGUGGACUCCUCGCUGGAAUACUAUUCCUUCUAUGACGACAGGCAGAAGCGUAAAGAACUGGAAUACUUUGGUCUCUCGGCUGCAAUCCUGGACAAGAAUUUCCGAAAAGCUUACAAUUACAUCAGGAUAAUGGUCAUGGAACAUGUCAACAAACCUCAGCUUUGGAAUAUCUUCAACCAAAUCACCAUGCACUCGCAAGAUGUGCGGCACCAUCGCUUCUGCCUUCGGUUGAUGCUGAAGAACCCUGACAAUCAUGCGCUCUGCGUCUUGAAUGGCCACAAUGCCUUCGUGUCUGGUAGCUUUAAGCAUGCUCUUGGGCAGUACGUGCAAGCUUUCCGUAGUAAUCCCAACGAGCCUCUCUAUAGCCUUUGUAUAGGCCUGACUUUCAUCCACAUGGCCUCUCAGAAGUAUGUGUUAAAAAGGCACGCGCUUAUAGUACAGGGCUUCUCGUUCCUCCAGCAAUAUCUGAGCCUCCGUGGUUCCUGCCAAGAAUCUUUUUACAACUUAGGCCGUGGCCUUCAUCAGUUGGGAUUGGUACAUUUGGCAAUUCACUAUUACCAGAAGGCACUGGAGCUUCCCCCUCUGGUCCUAGAGGGAAUAGAAGCAGACCAGACGGACUUGCGAAGGGAUAUUGCCUUCAAUUUAUCGCUCAUCUACCAGAGCAGUGGAAACAUUAGAAUGGCUCGGAAAAUGCUGUACACGUACGGAAUUGUGUGAGGUGGAAGCCGGCAUCGAAAACUGAUUGAAUGAACUAAGAUGGAUUACUUUCCUUGCUUUCGAGGAACCUGGAAAGACGCUGCUGCCUUUCAUGGAUCUGAGGCUUUGUGACACCGGGCAAAACUAUGCUUACAGAUUUCUCCAGAUUGGCUGAACGUGAAGCAGCCAAGUAGAUGGUGCAAGUUUUCACAAAGAGGAUCCCUGCUAAAGUUUGAGCAGAUCUGAGGCGUGACACUGACCCCAACCUGACAGGUGUGCUGGAACGUGCAGUGUUUUUUAACAUACAAAUUGCGAACAGAGUAAGUCGCACAUCUUAACAGCCAAGCACACGGAACGUGGGACAUUUUGCUCAGAAUGUACAAUUGGGAGAGAGCACGAGUAAACGAAAUGUGCUAGAUAACUCACCAGCAAAAAGGCCUCUACCUCUUCAGUGGAAGAAGAUCAGCUGCCUGCUUUCAAGGAUAUUUAACAUACAUUAGUCCUGUGUCGGAAAUACCCCAUAAUCGACGAACCUAGCGAAACCUUUGGAUCCUUUUUCUGUGUGUGUGGUUGUCCAACAGUUCAUUACUAAGGAGAUUCUGAAGUUACUGUAUUGUUUGUUUGCACCCAUGUGAACUUGUCUGUGAAAUCUAACCAUUUUCUUGCUUUUCUGAAACCGGAGAGACAGAGAUGGUUUGAACUAAAGCUAUACCUGCUCACCUUGAAGUAAGAUCCAUUGCGACUUAUUUCUGAGCAGACAUAUACGGGAUUGGGCUGUAAGGUGCUAACUCUACCAAGCCACGCUUGAUUGCCAGUAAUACUGCAAAGAAGUGUCUGUCUAGUUACCCUUCAGAAACACAAUCAACAAGGCAGCUCUGUGUAUGGAAGUUUUUAAUAUUUGAUGUCUUAAUGUGUUUCAGCUUGUUGGAAGCUGCCCAGAGUGGCUGGGGCAACCCAGUCAGAUGGGUGGCAUAUAAAUAAUUUUUUUAUUAUUAAGGGUAUCCGCAACCAUUCCUGUGCACAGGACUGCAGUCUUAAACUAUGCAGUCACAAGCUCUCAUUCCCUCCCCUGUCCUUUGCAUAUAUAUAUAUAUAUUGCUCUUAUAAAUGAGUUAUUGG